UCCUCCUGGCCGGGGCUGCGGGAGAGGCGGCGCUUGCCGGGGCCGCUCUGCUCGCUGCCGCAUCGCCCGCCCUGGGCCCAGCCGGCAGCCCGGAGGCGAGCCGCUCCAUGGUGGCGACGUGUCGCUGGGGAGGCGCUAGGCCGCAGGACUUGAAAAUAGCCAUGUGUGUUACAAUCUCAAAGGUUUUUUUAAACUGAUGGAACUGGAAGAGAUAGGAGGUCUCCUUACUGGGCUUUCUUGGACUUUCCUCAUUAAGUACUUAACCAGUGGUGACUAUAUGCAAUGGCCUCAAGCCACCGGUCUUCACCAGUGCCUCCAUCAAAGAGCAGUGAUACUUUCAUUAAAAGGGAAGUGGAUUCUGCCAAACGCUUUCGACCAGUGCAGUCGCUGCCAGAUGUAUGUCCCAAGGAACCAACAGGUGAUCCUAAUAGUUUAUGUGACAGUCCAUCUUUAGUUGCUGAUCAACAUAGAUGGACUAUUUAUCAUUCCAAAGUAAAUCUCCCAGCAGCACUAAAUGAUCCUCGGUUAACAAAAAGGGAAUCUGAUUUCUUUACAAAAACAUGGGGACAGGAUUUUGUGGACAUUGAAGUUGUGCCUUCGCUCUACCUCCCACAGAUCAGCAAGGAACUUUUUGUAACAUACCAACAGGAAAUUGUUCAGAGAGAAAAGAUUCAUGAGAGAUGCAAGACCAUUUGUCCUCCUAAAGAUACUUUUGAUAGGACACUGUUACAUAUUCAUGAUAAAUCCAGGACAGAUCUGGAGCAAGUACCUAAGAUUUUUUUAAAACCAGAUUUUGCCUUGGAAGAUCCCCUAACAUUUAAUGCAGUAUUACCUUGGUCUCAUUUUAAUACUACUGGAGGCAAAGGAAAUCGUGAUGCAGCUUCCUCAAAGUUGCUUCAAGAAAAGCUGAGCCACUAUCUGGAUAUUGUGGAAGUAAAUAUCGCUCAUCAAAUCUCUCUCCGCUCAGAAGCAUUUUUUCAUGCCAUGACCUCCCAGCAUGAGCUGCAAGACUACCUCAGGAAAACCUCCCAGGCUGUAAAAAUGCUUCGAGAUAAAAUAGGCCAAAUUGAUAAAGUCAUGUGUGAAGGAUCUCUUAAAGUUUUAAGAUUAUCAUUGACUAGAAAUAACUGUAUAAAAGCAUAUAAUAAACUGAAGUUAAUGGCAACAGUGCACCAAACACAACCUACUGUACAACUAUUACUGUCCACUUCUGAAUUUGUUGGAGCGUUAGACUUGAUAGCAACGACACAAGAGGUGCUACAGCAGGAGCUCCAGGGCAUUCACAGUUUCCGGCAUCUUGGAUCACAGCUAUGUGAAUUAGAAAAACUCAUAGAUAAAAUGAUGAUUGCAGAGUUUUCUACCUAUGCUCACAGUGACUUAAAUAGACCUCUGGAAGAAGAAUGUCAGAUUCUGGAAGAGGAAAGGCUUGUAUCUUUAGUGUUUGGACUUCUAAAACAAAGGAAAUUGAAUUUUUUUGAAAUAUAUGGAGAUCAAAUUAUUGUAACAGCAAAAAAUAUAAUUAAACAGUGUGUGGUUAAUACAGUGUCACAAAUAGAAGAAAUAGACACAGAUGUGGUUGUUAAACUUGCAGAUCAAAUGAGGAUGAUGAAUUUUCCACAGUGGUUUGAUCUACUGAAAGAUAUAUUUUCUAAUUUUAUUUUAUUUCUCAAGAGAAUUAAGGCAACACUAAAUGUUAUCAGAAGAGUGGUUCUCUUGGUUCUAGACAAGAACCAGAGGAGCAAGGAACUGGGUGAUACUUCUGCUCAGAAGAACUCUGCAAAGGACAGUUCCAUAGACGCAGAACUGGUGUAUCUGGCGCAUGAGGGCAUGUUCAUAAGUGAUGCCUUCAGUGAAGGAGACGUCCCGUCUGCAGCAGCUUAUUCUGCCUCUCAGAGAAACCUUUCCCCAGACAGUGAGCCCAGCAGCAGCGACUCUGUAUCUGAGCCAGAAUGUACCACUGACUCCUCAUCUAGCAAGGAACAGACUUCGUCCAGCAUUACACCAGGUGGAAUUGACAUCAUGAUUGGUGAGGACAUAAAGCUCUCAGAACUGGAACUAGGUAGAUUAGCAAACAAUAUCCAGGACCUACUUUACAGUGCCUCUGAUAUUUGCCAUGAUCGUUCUGUCAAGUUCCUAAUGGCUAGAGCAAAAGAUGGGUUCCUGGAGAAAUUGAACUCUACAGAGUUUGUUGCUCUUUCGCGACUGAUGGAAACUUUCAUCUUGGAUACAGAACAAAUCUGUGGUAGGAAGAGUAUGUCAUUGCGUGGUGCACUUCAGAGUCAAGCUAACAGAUUUGUAAACAGAUUCCAUGAGGAAAGAAAGACCAAACUCAGCCUCCUGCUAGAUAACGAGCGCUGGAAGCAAGCUGAUGUUCCGGCAGAGUUUCAGGAUCUUGUGGAUUCUAUAUCAGAUGGCAGAAUUGCUUUACCAGAAAAAAAAACAGGAGCACCUGAAGAAAGAAAGCCAACUGACUUCCUUGUUGUUGAUGGACAAAAAUAUGCUGUAGUUGGGACAGUGUUGUUGUUAAUUAGAAUCAUCCUUGAAUACUGCCAGUGUGUGGACAGCAUCCCCUCAAUAGCUACUGACAUGCUUACCCGUCUGUCUGAUUUACUAAAGUAUUUCAACUCAAGAAGUUGUCAGCUAGUGCUUGGAGCAGGUGCCCUGCAAGUGGUUGGCUUGAAAACAAUAACUACAAAAAAUUUAGCCCUCUCAUCACGCUGCCUACAGCUCAUAGUGCACUACAUUCCUGUUAUCAGAGCUCACUUUGAAGCUCGCCUGCAACCCAAACAGUUCAGCAUGCUUAGGCAUUUUGACCACAUUACCAAGGAUUAUCAUGACCACAUAGCUGAAAUUUCAGCAAAGCUCGUAGCCAUAAUGGAUAGCUUAUUUGACAAGCUGCUCUCUAAGUAUGAGGUGAAAGCGCCUGUUCCUUCCACCUGCUUCAGGAAUAUUUGUAAACAGAUGGCCAAGAUGCAUGAAGCAAUAUAUGACCUUCUUCCUGAGGAGCAAACACAGAUGUUGUUUUUAAGAAUUAAUGCAAGCUACAAACUUCACUUGAAGAGGCAAUUGGCCCACUUAAAUGUAAUCAAUGACGGAGGACCUCAAAAUGGAUUGGUUACAGCAGAUGUAGCUUUUUACACUGGAAAUCUCCAAGCUUUGAAAGGGCUUCAAACCCUAGACUUGAACAUGGCUGAAAUCUGGGAACAGAAGAGGUGAUAGCCCAGCAGAGCAGAAUUGCCUCUUGGCAUGGGAUGGUUUCUUCUUUGUAGAAGAUGAAUUACUGGAACAUAGAAGAGGAAGCUCCCUUGUGAUGUGGUGAAAACCAACUAUGGGAAUGACUUUGAUAGUUCUUUUGCAAGAAAAGUGAUCAGUUCUCUGUGCAAUUUCUUCAUUCUUUCUGGAACGAGGCUCAGGUUUCUUUGGACCAAAUCCAAAAGAAUAUAUAGCUGUAACACAGCUGUAGUUUUCUAGAGAGUGCUCUGUAAAUCUUUAUAUUAAAAAGAUGCUUUGCAUUUCCUCUAGUGCAAUGAAAUUCA